AUGAAUCCUGGAACGCUUGCGCUUCUAUGCGCUGCAAUUCUGGUGUCAGCUACCGCAUCCAUUAUCGACAACCGUUUCGAAGACCCGGCAGCCGACAUCGCCUUGCUACGAGAACAAAUGGUCUCUCUAAGCAACGAUUUGAAACAGACUAAAGAAGAAUCCAAAAAGAUGAAAACCCGAGUCGGAGCAUUGACUCGUCAAAUGAUGCUACAACAACUUUUCGUUGAAGAACGGCUCCGAUCUGAGGGACAAUCCGGCGUAAAGCAGACGCGUAAUGGGGAAGGCGGGACAAAAUCCUACCAUCUGAAUUCCCAUCUUAGUGGUCAACGCAUCGUCGCCAUUCAUGAUCAUUCUAACAAUAUCAGAAAACUCGCCCGAGUUUAUCGGAGUUUUGAACGGGGUCGAGUUUCGUACACGGCAUAAUGAUUACCGGCUAUAUAUGCCCAGUAGUAAUACAAGCGAGUACCAUAAGACUGAAGAAAUACCGUUCCCCGAUGUCCCGCCGGAGGUGGCAUCGAAAGGAUCGCUUGAUGAACAAGUUGAAGAGAUGAUCGAGUGGUUUAAGGUAAUAUAUAAUGACCUUUGAACAUCUUUGGGUGUCACUAUAUAAAAGUUUCUCUGAACAAAAUACAAUUUUAUCAUACUAAUGUCAGUUGUCAGCUAAAAUUUAAGCCUAUUGUCAGCUGGAAGACGUGAGCUGUUCGACGCCAAAUUUCUAUUUCAUUGCUCACUUAUCCAUCUAGGCUUGGAAGAAUGAAAACCACACAGUACGAGAUUACAGAAACUACUUUAAACCAGUGUUAUGUUAUUUGGAAGGAACUUGGACAAAAAGCACGCCAAAUAUCGACGAACCAUUUGACAGUGACCGCCAUUUUGUUGACGCGAGCAGUUGGUUUGAACUUCAGGAGAAGAUUCGUUUCACAUCUUACACAGGACGUAAAGACAACUUGGAGAAUUUUGCCUACCUUCCCACCACAAUCAUCGAAGGCAAUGAAACGACAACUGUCUUUGCUCAGUGGAAUUAUCGUAUUUUAUGUCAUCCUCUUAAAGAUUAUCUUCCAGUGAACAGGUAAGACAUUUUGCUUCCACCCAUGUAAAAAUUUACGAUAUGUUUCACCGUGAAACUUAGGGACCGUUCAUUAUUUAUACCUGCGGUUCAGUGGUACAGAAAUAAUGUUUACCCCACCCACGUGUUACUGUACUUCAUAAUGAUUAAACACACAAGAUUAUGGUGACACAAAUCAAGUUGCCUAAAUUCGAAAAGCUCACUCACACUGAAACUCACUGAGUGUGCCAAAGCAAUCACGUUCCUGCUGAUCAAUGAUCCUUCCUCAAUCGUUGAUGGUCUAUUUUGGUACAGAACGUAUUGUACACAAUUUUCUUCAUAUUUUCCAAUGCAUGGUGAUUUUGGUUUUAUUUUGUAGCUGACAGCUACAAUUUUUUUUACCCAACCCAUGAGCUAGUCAAAAACAUGAUUAAUCACCAAACGCGUAUAUCUUCGGUAUCAACCUCGGGUAUAAAUAAUGAACGCUCCCUUAUUGUCUGAAUGACUUAAGCUUCUUUUACGAAUGACUUAGAGGUAAUAUUUCGACCUUAUUUCAAACCAAAUGACUUUGGAAUAAAGUCAACGAAAUACUACUGGGAAUAUUUGGAAUGUGUUCACAUCUUAUGUUGACGAUGAGCAGGUCGGGUUUGUAUCGGAUUACAUCUUACUCCAUUCUCGUACCCAGAGCCCUUCUUACGCGCGGUCAACGGAGCGCGACUAGGGGCUCUGACCAAAUCCAUAUCAGACUGGCAUCUGAUUGGCUACAACAAAGGUUAUUGUUCUAAUACCGGAUAUAUUCUUUUAUACCAUGUUUUUAUGGUAUCUGGUCUUGGAUUUGACGAGAGCCCCUCGUCGCACCGCGCGUAAGAAGGACUCUGGGUACGAGAAUGAUCUUACUCUUAUUCAGGUUGCGUGUUGUCGACGACCUAGCGGCCAGACUCUCACGGAAACGCACAGUCGAAAAACAUGCACAGACCCGCGCAGCCCGAUUUCAGGUUAACCUAAAGAACGAUGGCAGGUGGCGGGAUAUUAAGGAAAAAACAGGCACUUUAAGCUUACUGGACAAACUCAUGAGUGAAAUCCCCGGGAAGGAUAAUUACCCGGCCAAUAUCACUGACGGCGUCCUGGGCCAGGAAGCUUACUCGUUGGACCUGGAGCAAGGUGGCCAGAAACUGAAUGCUGGGUAUUAUCAUCGCCGGUAUAAAGUGCUGGAGAAAGGAGCGAUGGGGAUACAGACACGACAUCGUGGAUUCUCUGAUCCAAAUCUAUUUGUGGCGAUGACGACGCAAGAGAAUGUCGCAGGUAUGUGCCCAAAGCAAUCUGCCUGUACGCAGGCUAUAGGCGAACACAAAAGUAGGAAAUUAUGACCGUGACUUUACAACGACGCGUUGUUUUGAAUUAUUUUGGCAGUGAUCGAUUAUUUCUUGAGCCUCAAGGUGUAAAAAGGGAGGGCCUAUACUAUAACACGAGAUUAAAGUAUAUUACAAAAACUUUCAAAGCUCUAAGUUUAGCAAUGAAAGACAAAACAUAUUAAAGAGAUCUCGCGAACCUCAUAAAAUGCAAAGUGAUCUUUUUGUCAUUUAGACAAGGACUGGCAGAGAGACAAAACGUUCUGAUUGUUGGGUCUACCCAACGCGUUUUACUCAUUUCCGGAUAGCAAUAUCUUCUGGCAUAGGGAUAGUAAAAUAAUAAAGUAGGGCGAGUUACUGCUUAAUGGGUUAACAAGAGAAAUAAGUCUGGUAUUCGUUUGAAAUGCAAAAUCUGGCGUUAAAUGGAAUAAAAUAAGAAUGUUAGGCAAAUUUAGGGGCGCAUUGUGGGUUUUAUCGGUAGAAGUAGGUUAUUGUAAGAAACUAGCCUUCGAUAAACUCAUCCUAUUUUCAACAGGAUUGAAACUGAAUGUUUGCAAAGGACCCGACAGAAACAAAACAUGCACGCAAAACGACCAGAAAGUCUCGUACGCCAUACCACUAGAAAUUAUCUACCUCACACCCUUAAACAAUUGGAACCCACACAACCUCACUUACAAGGGAGACGAACGCCUCGACCAUGGAAAAACGGUGACUGCCGACGGCCGCAAUGGCGGAAAAACGAAAACGAAAGCUUAUGAUGGUGUCAACAGCAAAAUCUAUUAUAUUACACCCAAUAGGUUUUUCACGGGAAACGAAACCAAUGUCGACGCCGCUGACACGACAAAAGACUUGGUAGGGGUGUUAGACCCGACCGGAGAAGUGAGACAGGUUCGCGCCUCCGGUGUACGAAUCUUCCUGCCCGAUAUUCCAGGAGUAGGCAUUCUUAGACAAAGGUAUAGUGAUAGAUGAUUUAACCUAGGGUGAGGGGGAGGGGGGAGGGUCAGUGGCCCAAAUAUUAGGUGGGGGACGAUUCAGUUUGACUUUACCAAAUUUCGCACCUUCUUCCGGUGGCUAGACCUCCACAGAAAACAGUUUAGAACAGAUUUGAUAUAAUUAUCCAGUAUAAAGUAAGUUAAUUUAUAAUUCUUAUAUGGUAACACUCGUAGAUAUCUUAUAUACACUAGAUAGCGCAUCUCUGUUAGUAAAAUUGAAGCCAAAAAUAUUCCAGCGGUUACCCCCAUUGGAAUAGAUGGCGGCCAUGUUGGAGUUUCCCACUCGCUAAUAAACGCUUAAAAAACAACAAUAACUUUCAUCAUUUGAAUAGUUUGAAAGUGUAUUUGGAAUAGGUUUAUCUUAAUGUUUAAGUUCCCUGCUUAAGAAAUAGAAAACAUACGAAUCUUUUCAUUUCAUGGGAAUAUCCUGAGUCUGCAAUCAUGGCUUCAAUUUUUUAAUUGCAGAGUAAUUAGAUGCACUAUCUAGUGUAUAUAAGAUAUCUAUGGUAACACUAUAGAGUUCUAGGAAGAGCAGCUUAGAACUGAUAGAAAUAUCCGGUGUAAAUAAAGUUAGUUUCACAUAAAAUCAGUCAGAGUGUUUACCAGAUUUAAAAAGUUAAUUUAGUUUAGGUUUCAACACUGGAUAAAUAAAAAGUAGCUCUUUCGUUGUGUUUAUCAAAUUUAAAAAGUUAGUUUAGGUUUCAACACUGGAUCAAUAAGGAAUGGCUCUUUCGUUGAAUUUCUAGAUACAACAUUAUAGGACUGAUAUAGCCAAGCCUUACGUCGAUAUUUCGUAUUCCACAGGUACCCCAUUAUGCCGAUACAUGUUGAAGGAAGCACGGCGUGGAAAGAGAUACAGGCUGUUGGAGAUUUCCUGAUGGAAUCUAAGAAGCAUGCGAACCUUUUCCGAGAUCCAUUGUCAGGACAAGAUGGUGGACAAUAUCCACCAGAGGUAAACACCGAUACAGAUUUACGAACUGGGAGUUCUACGAAUCUAACAAAAGUUGGUCGUCAUCGUCACGAAGUCAUACUGGACAAAGACGAAGUGACCAUAAUCAAAUCUGGUGGCAACGUUACCGUGGUUACGACGGAAAACAGCGGGCACCAGCAUACGGUUACGAUCAAGUGGCAUAAAAAAAAAGGGUUCUAUAUGGCGCUCUGCGAUUCCACGGAGAUAACACGCCCCUUUGCUGUGAAAUGUUGGGAUAAGCAUUCAGCAAGGAUGGCUGCGGUACCGAAUGAGUAA